AUGGAAGCAAACAAAAGAUUUGCUCUCGUAUCACGUGUAAAAAGUCUGAGAAUUCUUCAUCAACGCAUUCCGCUUCACAUCGAGACUUUGAAGUUCUUCAGAAAUGGUUUUCAACUAAAUAAUAUUGAACACUCGUUUGUUGUCAAAGUCCGUGCUUCUAAAAACAAAGAGUUGACUCCUUUUCAAAAAUCCAUCAAUGAUAGACAUGGGGUACCAUUCGAUUUGGAUCGAUACGGCAACGAGGAACCGCGUACUCAUCAGUUUCCUGGAGACAUUAAAUUUGGAGAAAAAACUACCUUCGAGCCGGAAGUACCCCCUAAAGAAGCUAGGAAAUGUUUCCCUUAUACCUGCAUAGUCUUCAAAGUGAAUGAGAAGAAAUGGAUAAAGCCCAUGACUCGUAAGAUCCCACUCCGACAAGCUCUUCGAGAGCGGCUUCACUGUGUACUCAACAAGGGAACAGUUUAUGUGAAAGAUCUGUGGUUCGAUAUGGGUCAAGAGAUGUUGAGAAUCCCGGAAAGACUCAAGUUCAAAACUAAGCGACUGCACGUCAAGGAACUUUCUCAAGCAGUUUGUAACGCGUUCUCUAUGGUUCUGCGUCCAUCUUCUUUCCCUCUCAAAGAGUUUGAAUUUCAAACAAACUUUUCUGAAGACGAAGUGUUUGCUAACAAUGACAUAGUCCAUGUCACAAAGUCUUUAACUAUCAAAUUGCCUUCCGGAUACGAGGCUGUAUCAGUUUUGAGACUUGUGAAAAGUCUUGAAAUUAAAAGGCUUCAUUUGGCAAGUGUGAUGGUUCUGGAGGAUGUCUUACUACCAUUGAUUCGGGAUUGGAUUGAAACUCCCCGGAAUAUUGGCUGCACUAUAACAAUGGUAUCGAGAAUUCGAACGUGCUACCGAGUUGUAAGCCUUGCCAACAAAGAACUCAAAGAAAAGCAGAUUACGACUCGUGAAUGGAACAAUAAUCAUCACAACUGUUUGUCGAUCAAAAAGAACAACUGUGAAUUCAACAUCUUCAGAGUUCCCAUUUCAAAUGAUAUGAAAGAGUUACCGUAUGAUGACGAGAGUAUCAACGGAUCCUCACUGUGUCUGGUGAAAAUGGUAAUGGAAGCAGAAGGCACGGCAGAAAAAACUAUGUCAAGCACAACGGAUGGAACUAGUAGUGUUUGA